GAUUUAUUUGGUUGUGUUCGUGGUCUGCCCUAUUAAUAGUAAUCUAAAUCAAAGUGUUAAACUAGCGGAAUGCGUUAGUAUACGCUUAGUAGUUAGUACUUAUAAACAAAUUAAACAAAUAUAAAAUGACGCAUAAGUUGUUUAGCUAAUCAAUUUCAAAAGUGAAUUUCAAAUUACAACAGUUCCUAACGGCACAAUCGAACUGAAGAGAAAAGACUUGCCAUAAAUAUUGACACACCUACGAUUAAGCAACUAGGUUCCGAAGAACCGUAAACAAAGAAAAUCUCAAAAUGGCUCUGUGGCUCUCAUCGCUGGUCAUCGGCCUGUAUAUACUCAACUUUACUUUAGCUCUGAUCAUAGUCAAUAAGGACGUGAAGACAUCACGUGGCAUGUUGUAUCCACGUGAGUCAGAAACGCGCGAGGUGCGCUCCCUGGACGGUAUCUGGAAUUUUGUGUGCUCUGAUGAGACAAAUCCUACACAGGGCAUAAGGGAUAAGUGGUUCGAUGAUGACUUAAGCAAAAGUAGACCCAUCAUUCCCAUGCCAGUGCCGGCAUCAUAUAACGACAUCACCACAGAGCGAUCGUUACGCGAUCAUGUGGGAACCGUUUGGUAUGAUCGGAAGUUUUUCGUGCCGCGUUCGUGGGAAAAGGAUCAGCGGGUCUGGCUGCGCUUUGGCAGUGUCCACUACGAGGCUUUUGUGUGGAUUAAUGGCGAAUCGGCCGUUAAACAUGAGAUGGGACAUCUACCAUUUGAGACGGAGGUUACGCAUUUGCUAAAAUACGGCGCAGAGAAUCGUAUAACCGUCAUGUGCGAUAACGCGCUAAUUCAGACAACAGUGCCUCAGGGAAAGAUCUCUGAAGUGGCCAACGACGGAGGCGUUACUAUCAUCCAAAGCUACACCUUUGACUUUUUCAACUAUGCGGGCAUUCAUCGAUCCGUCCACUUGUAUACCACACCCAAAACAUUCAUUGAGGAGGUGGAAAUACAAACAAAACUGUCCGACAAUAAUAGCGUGGGUUACAUCGACUACAGUGUUGCGGUGAAUGGAACCGCUGCCAACGAGGCGGAAAAUGCGUUAUAUGUGCGACUCAAGUUGUACAACAGAGAGGGUGUCCAGGUGGUGAAUACCACCUCGGAUGGUAAGCUCGAGGGCACCUUGAAGGUAUCGAAUGCUAUGCCUUGGUGGCCGUAUCUUAUGCAUUCUGAUCCGGGCUAUCUCUACGAGCUGGAGAUCCAAUUGCAUGGAGCCAACGAACAGCUUCUGGAUGUCUAUCGUUUGAAAGUAGGUCUGCGUACCCUAAGUUGGAGCAAUACCACAUUUCAAAUCAACGGAAAACCAGUUUAUUUCCGCGGGUUUGGGCGCCAUGAGGACUCUGAUGUCCGUGGCAAAGGAUUGGACAAUGCUCUGAUGGUCCGUGACUUUAAUCUGAUCAAGUGGAUUGGCGCUAAUGCAUAUAGAACCUCACAUUAUCCCUACUCCGAAGAAUCAAUGCAAUUUGCCGAUCAACAUGGGAUCAUGAUCAUUGACGAAUGUCCCAGCGUGGACACAGAAAAUUAUAACCAGGCCUUGCUGGAUAAACACAAGUCUUCUCUGGAGCAGCUCAUACACCGCGAUCGUAAUCAUCCAAGUGUGGUCAUGUGGUCCAUUGCCAAUGAGCCUCGCACGGGACAGUUGAAUGCGGACACGUACUUCCAAUUCGUAGCCAACUACACACGGUCUUUGGAUAGCAGUAGACCUGUCACGGCGGCCAUUGCAACGCCCUGGACUGAUGACAAAGCGGGUCGCUAUUUGGACAUCAUCAGCUUCAAUCGCUACAACGCGUGGUACAGCAACACUGGACGCAUGGAUAUGGUUACCCAGCGUGUCAUAGAUGAAGCAACAGCAUGGAAUAAGAAAUAUGGCAAGCCCGUGAUCAUGUCAGAAUAUGGCGCCGACACACUCGAGGGACUCCAUCUGCAACCAUCGUUUGUCUGGUCAGAAGAGUUUCAGUCGGAGGUUUUCUCGCGGCACUUUAAAGCGUUCGAUGCUCUGCGACGCAAGAAAUGGUUUAUUGGCGAGUUCGUUUGGAAUUUUGCCGACUUCAAGACUGCUCAAUCAUAUACAAGAGUAGGCGGUAAUAAGAAAGGCGUCUUUACGCGUGCUCGCCAACCAAAGGCAGCGGCUCAUCUGCUACGGCAGCGUUACUUUGCACUUGGUCGAGAGGUUGAUCAGUGCAGCUUGCCAGAAGAUCUGUUUACCUAUAUUGUCGACGUGGGCGGCAGUAUCAAAAAUGAAUCCGGUGAUUUAUGAAGCCGAUGACAAUUUAGUACAUUGGCUGCGCAGCACUUAAAGCAGACAACACAUAAAAAGAGUACAAUUUUAUAAAUAUAGUAUAAGCGAAAGCUAACUAUUGUAGAUAUUUAUAUACGAUUUUUAUAAGCAAUGUUUAAAAUGGAACUGACAACUGAUCGCAUUUCAACAGCAUCCAUCGCGUUGCCUUCUACCAUUUAGCAUCUUUUUGUAUGUCACCUAAGCGUUAAAUCAAAUAAAUUAUAUCAAUAA